GAUUAAGAGCUAUCAGAGUGCCGUUUGAAUUGGUAUUUCUUUGAAAUUUAGUUAUUGAUUUUCACAAAUGAAACAGUUUUCAUAUAUAUCUAGAAAAUGGCCACAGCAAGAAUAAUCCCUUAUAUUUCAUACAAAAGAUUCGCAGCAGUAUCUAGUCUAAGAAAUGUAUGCGUUUUUUCUUAUUACAAUGUAACAUCUGGUUUUCAACAAAAAGCAUUGUAUUGCACAAAGAGAUCAAUUGCAAAAGCUGAUAAUCUUGAACAUGAAAAUAAGCUGCAAGUUGGAUUUGCGGAAGUAGUUAAAGAAAACACAAAAUCUGCUGGAUACUUAGGUGUAAUCAUUGGCGGUGUAGGGAUCACUGCUUUUAUGUUUUAUAUGAUUUUUAAUGAAUUGUUUUCUACUAAAAGUCCAAAUAACGUAUACAGCAAGGCAUUAGAGCGGUGUAUCAAAGAUCCUAAAGUAGUAAAUGCUCUUGGAGAGCCUAUCAAAGCAUACGGAGAAGAAAGUCGUCGUGGACGUAGAAGUCAUAUAAAGUACAUAAUUUUUGAAAAGGAUGGAGUACGACACAUGAGAAUGAAAUUUUAUAUUCAAGGUAUAAGGAGACGUGGUACAGUAAAUUUAGAAGUGCAGGAAAAUGAAUCUGGAAAAUAUGAGUAUAGAUACUUAUACGUGAUGAUAGAUGAUAUAAUGCAAACUAUUAUUAAAAUAGAAGAUAAUAGAAACCUUCCAAGUAGCCCCAGUGAUGAAGUAGAAUUUGAUUUGAGCUAACGUUUCAACUCAUUCUAAAUAGUACUUUAUAUACUGUAUAAAAUACUUAAUUUUAAAUAUAAUUUUGUAACACUUAUGUGAAAUAAAAUGUAGAGAUAUCGAA